UUAUAUGUAUAUUGUCCUUCAUAGUUAAACAAAAAUAAAAAUUAAAAAAAAAAAAAAGUUAUGGCAGGGUUUGGUUCUCCUUGUGGAGCUUGCAAGUUCCUUAGAAGAAAAUGUGUUAAGGGAUGUGUUUUUGCACCUUACUUUUGCCAUGAUCAAGGUGCUACUCAUUUUGCUGCCAUUCACAAGGUCUUUGGGGCAAGCAAUGUGUCCAAACUCCUCUUGCAUCUUCCAGUCUCUGAUCGCUUUGACGCUGCAGUUACCAUCUCUUAUGAAGCUCAAGCAAGGCUUCAAGAUCCCAUCUAUGGUUGUGUCUCUCAUAUCUUUGCACUCCAACAACAAGUUGUGGCUUUGCAAACACAAUUAGCUUCUCUCAAAGCACAAGCAUCACAAAGUUUUGUUAAUCUCCAAGAACACAAGUUGUUCUGCAAUAAAAUGCCAAGUUAUGUCAUUGAUGAACAAGAUGGAUCACAACAUGGAUUGUUUCCAGCUCAAGAGAUGAAUGAGUAUGAGAACAGUGAACAAAAACAAGCUUCAUUUAGUUUUGAUGAGAACUUCUCUUGUGCUUUGGAGCCUCAUGACUUACAAGAUCAAGACAUGGAGGAUCUUAGAUCAAUAGCUUUUGCUUAUCUCCACCACCAUGCAUGAGAAAUUCAUGUAUAUGUAUCAAUCCAUGAUUAAUUCUAUGUAGACUAUAUAUAUGAUCUAAUUCAAUUUUGUUACUUUGUGCUGUUGAGGAAGAGACUUGAAUUCUGUGUUCAA